GGUUAAGGAAACGGCCAAAACCAAAUGGCACACGGAGAGACCAGAUGCCACAAGCAGGAGAGGGAAGGGGGAACGAGGAGAGGCGGUAGGCCGGUAGCUACUCCUCGGAGCAACUGCCCUUCUAGUUUGUACCACCUUCGCGUUGGUGGGUGAAUUGGGUUUGUGCCCCCUGGCCCUGCGGUUUCUAUCUCUUGAACGGGAGGGCAGUCAAGGUUGGCCUUCGUUGUUGCCUUCUUUGGCUUUCUUCUUCAGGUUAAUUGCCCGAUUAUAUCACAAUGGCAGCAACAUCUUGGAAGGCUAUACAACAUCGUUCUGUGGCACAAAGUUGCCAGUGGAAUAGGAAAACAUCCGUAUGCUAUUGCAGGAAUGGCCCUACCCUUAAUAUGUGCAAAUGGCUUCCCUUCCAAGAGAGGAAGUUGGUGCCAGCCGUUGGGUCAGCCAUCCGAGUGGUCACAUUAUCGAAGUACCACUCUGGUCCCCGUCGUCCAGAAAGUGUCCUUUGCAAUGCUUCCGCCUCAGUAGAUUCUGCUUCUUUGGAGAAGGUUGAUUUUCACAAGCUUCAGAAUGGGAGUGAUAUCAGAGGAGUUGCCAUUGCUGGGGUUGAAGGGGAGCCUGUCACCCUUACAGAACCCGUAACAGAAGCAAUUGCUGCUGCUUUUGCUGCAUGGUUGCUGGACCGGAAGAAAGUUGAGUCAUCAAAGCGUUUGAGAAUCUCUGUGGGGCAUGAUUCAAGGAUUUCGGCACAAGUCUUACAAGAUGCUGUCUCUCGUGGAAUUAUUAGUGCUGGACUUGAUGUGAUACAAUAUGGGUUGGCAUCUACACCGGCAAUGUUUAAUAGCACACUUACAGAAAAUGAGGAGUUCCUCUGCCCUGUUGAUGGUUCUAUAAUGGUGACAGCCAGUCAUCUCCCUUACAAUCGAAAUGGAUUUAAAUUUUUCACAAAUGAAGGAGGCCUUGGCAAGACUGACAUAAAGGACAUCCUAGAGCGUGCUGCAAACAUAUACGAGAAAAUGCAUGAGCAAGUUAAGGAGCCAAGAGAUGUUUCCUCCUCUAUUAAGAGAGUUGACUACAUGACAGUUUAUACGUCAGAUCUUGUAAAAGCAGUUCGUAAAGCUGCAAACGAUGUUGAGAAACCAUUGGAGGGGUUUCACAUAAUUGUGGAUGCUGGAAAUGGUUCAGGUGGUUUUUUUGCGGAAAGAGUGCUUGAGCCUCUGGGUGCAGUUACUUCUGGAAGUCAGUUUUUGGAACCCAAUGGAAUGUUUCCAAACCAUAUUCCCAACCCAGAAGAUAAAAUUGCCAUGAAAUCUAUUACCCAAGCUGUACUUCAGAACAAGGCUGAUCUUGGCAUCAUAUUUGACACUGAUGUUGACAGAUCUGCUGCUGUUGAUUCAACUGGACGUGAGUUCAACCGCAACCGACUAAUAGCAUUGAUAUCUGCUAUAAUUCUGGAGGAACAUCCCGGAACAACAAUUGUAACAGACAGCGUAACCUCAGAUGGAUUGACUACAUUUAUUGAAAAUAAACUAGGAGGGAAGCAUCAUCGAUUUAAAAGAGGGUAUAAAAAUGUCAUCGACGAAGCUAUUCGCUUGAAUAUGGCUGGGGUUGAAUCACAUCUUGCUAUUGAGACCAGCGGACAUGGAGCUCUUAAGGAGAAUCAUUGGCUUGAUGAUGGAGCAUAUCUUAUGGUCAAGCUUCUAAAUAAACUUGCGUCAGCCAGGGCUUCAGGCGCAGGCAGGGGAAGCCAAGUUUUGACUGAUCUUGUGGAAGGCCUGGAGGAGCCUGGAGUAGCAGUGGAACUGAGAAUAAGAAUAGAUCAGCACCAUCCUGAUGUCACUGAAGGAUCCUUCCGUGAGUAUGGCGAGGUGGUCCUCAAACACUUGGAGAACAGAGUGGAUUCAGACCCAAAUUUAAACAAAGCACCAGUAAACUAUGAAGGAGUUAGAGCUUCGGGUUUUGGCGGUUGGUUCCUGUUGAGACUGUCCCUUCACGACCCUGUUCUGCCCCUAAACAUCGAGGCACAAAGUUACGAGGACGCUGUGAAACUUGGCCUUUCUGUGAUGGCAUCCCUCAAAGAGUUCUCGGCCUUGGAAACAUCCGCGUUGGAUAGGUUUGUUAACCAGGUUUAGGAUUCUCAUGGUUGACGGGAAGGGAUCUGCAAUCUUUAACUACUGAAGCUAAGACGGCAUUCAACUCCAGAGAGGCUGCUGCAUUCUGUUAGUAUUGCCUAUGUUGGCAGGUGUAUUAACUUUUCCAAUAUAUGGUACCAAACGAGACGAUGUCAAAAGGUGGAGAGUCUUGAGUUGCUUGGACAAUAAGUAACUAAUAAAAAAAAGUUCCGCUUGAA